UGUUCGASUGCUAGUUCUGUAUUCAGCUGGCAGGUACUUCAGGGCAUCCACAAAUAUUAUUGGAUCAUGCAGUGGCUUUUGUAACGGAAUCUAUUGUGUCCCCAAUUACGUUUUUUGUGUUUCGAGCUAUUAUUUUAGCUUCUACUCCAUCGUUUCUCGGCACAUAUCCACUACACAAUAGUACAAUGGGUUCUCCUGUAUCUGCUGAUUGCAUUAUUUAUGGCUCAAACAUUGUAACAAUGGAUGAGRCCUGCCCUUCCGCAGAGGCCAUAGCAACCAAAGAUGGCAAGRUCAUUGCAGUUGGGMAACAAGAAGACSUUUUCCUUCUUGGUUCAUCUAGUACCAAGUACAUUGCUUUAAAGGACAAUCAGACUCUUCUUCCAGGAUUGAUAGAAGCCCAUCAACAUGCCGUUCACAUGACAAUUUCACGUUGCCUUUUUGUGAAUUGUAGHGGUUACUAUUAUCAAUCUUACAGCCAAAUCAAAGAUCUCAUUCUGAAGACAGUUAAGGAUGUCACUCCGUCAAGUGGAAAAUGGUGCAUAUUUGAUGGWUGGGAUCCUGAACUUAUCAAUGACCUWCCUGAUCUCAAYUUUGAAAUUUUAGAUGGUUUUUCACAAGAUAUUCCUAUAUUAAUUCUAGGUCAAAAUCGUCAUAUAGGCUGGGCAAACCACAAAGCAUUUGAACUUGCAGGAAUCAAYGAGGACACUAAAGACCCCGAGGGRGGGUACUAYGCACGAGAUCCAAMCACAAACAAACUGACAGGAAAACUAAUGGAGCCAGUAGCUUACAACACGUUGCUYGUUUGUGUUCCACCUCCAACCUACAAAGAAUGGAAGAAAGCAWUCAGCGAUCAAUUGCAGCAAUACUCGAACAUUGGCUUUACAACGGUUACUGAUCUUCUUUUCUUUCCAAACUGGUAUGAUUUCCUGGACAAGGCCAUUGAAGAUACAGUUUUAGAGCCCAACUGUCCWUUGCGAUUGGGUCUUUACAGAUAUGUUGAUUCUAUUGAGGAUUCCCCAGAAGAUAGUAAUGAAUCUCCCCUUGAYKGGGAAUCCUCUUCAGGAAARAAGCAUUCUUUCCAGAAASAAAAUGACAAACUGUGGUACGCUGGCGUGAAAAUCGUCUCUGAUGGAUCUCCGCACUGUGGAACCAUAGCGUCUCGUGAGCCUUUCCUGGAAAAUGACUUGACUGAGAAGCUUGGUUUUCCRUCUUCACCGAACUAUGGAAUACUUAAUUUUAGCAAAGAAUACCUGCAUACAUUGGUGAAACACUUCCACGGCAUGGGAAAGCAAGUYGCCAUCCAUGCACAUGGAGAGAGGGCUAUUGAACAAGUGCUAGGAAUUUAUGAAAAGGUGAUGAGCAAUCCUGAGGAUUUGGACCGGCGUCAUCGAAUGGAACACUUGGGACUGGCGGARGAAAGCCAUCUCAUUCGCGCAUCUAAACUAAAUCUAGCCCUUUCAUUCUUCGUUUCUCAUCUUUACUAUUACGCAAAAGCCUUCACRGAAUACAUUCUUGGACCGACGCGUACGAACCGUUGGACACCUCUCGCUUUGGCGACCAAGCAUGGGUUACGUUGGACAAUCCAUCAGGACAAUCCAUCUCAUCCAGGUCCCCCAGAACCCUUUGCCAGCAUGCAAACAGCAGUAACAAGAACUCGCAGAGGUGAUCCAGAGACAGUUUACGGAGAAGAAUACCGAAUACCUAUUUAUGACGCUCUCAAAGCAUAUACCAUCAACGCUGCUUGGCAGAUCCAUAAGGACAAAGAACUUGGUAGUCUGACUGUUGGUAAACGAGCUGAUCUGGUCGUUCUCAGUGAUAACCCAUUAAAAGUAGAUCCAUUUAAGCUUGUAGAUAUUAAAGUCUUGGAUACGUACUUAGAUGGACGCAGUAACGGACUGACUGCAAGAAAGGAAUCAAGAAAGGAUGGGAAACUGAUUUAUUCAUACGCCUAGAGAAACGUCGACGUUCCCAGGUCCUAUCUCUGUCCGCCAUCUUGAAAAAAGCGACCAGAGAAGCCCUGGGAUUGAGGUUGACGUUUARAGAAACCUUUUUUCACGAAUCAUCACUUUUUAACUAGAUUCCAGUAAAAAUGGAACAUGAUGAAAUUUAGGCAUUGAAUGGUUGAAUUUCAUGUACUCACUGAGUGAGAAAUUAGAAAUUAGAAAUAGAAAGUUAUCUUUACGAAAUGAAGCAAAAUGUUUAUUAGAAAAUAGGAAUUAUAAUUAAAUAAUUGAAAUUUCUUGAAAAAAACUUUACAACAAUUCUCUAGUCAAAAUAAAUAUGUAACAAUAAAAAAAAAUGCAUUGAAAAAUGAUAUACAAUAAAAUUUGUACCCAUUAUCUUUGGGUCGAUUAUAUUUAGUAAAAAGAGUUAUCAAAAUGUCUA